GUGUGACGUAAACCUACAGCUGUAGCUCCGCUGCGCAUGCGCACUGGCGCAGAGGCUGGACGCCGUCUGCUCUGUUGGGACCAGCGAUUCUUCGGCUUUUAGGCGAGUCGACUGCGAAUUUGCAAGAUAUAACCAACACCAAUUACAUUAUUUCCCGGUCCUAGGACGUUGUUCGCUCGUUGUUCGCCACAGCCCGCGCGUGUUUUUUCCCCAGACGACAGAAGCGAGGAGCCUCUUGUAUAUAAACAAAACGCAGCCAGCUUCAUUUUUUUAAGGUGGCACGUCGAAGAGCCGCCGCAGCAGCAACAACAACAACAACACAACUCAUCCAAUUCCCGUGCGUUAAGUUCGCUAACUUCGCCCCGUCCGCGAUGGGAAUGGCCGCAGAGCUUUGUUGGGAGUGACACUCCAAAACGCGUGCGUGUGAACAUGAGAGAAGAGGCCGGUUUGUUGUCACGAAGGCAGCUGAUGGCAAGUGAACGAGGGGCUGGACAUCCCCGCCGCCGCCGCUGCUGCUGCUGCCCUCACCCCACGGAGGAGAUCGCGACCCAGCAGGGUGAUCCGAUGCGCCCGGGCACCUGUUCGGCUCUCGAGUAGCACUGCAAUCCGCCUUUCGACACGCCAUGGAGACGGUGGGGAGAUUUGAGUUCAGUCGGAAGGACCUGAUAGGACAUGGCGCAUUUGCUGUCGUCUUCAAAGGCAGACACCGAGAGAAACACGACUGGGAGGUGGCGGUGAAGUGCAUCAACAAGAAGAACUUGGCCAAAUCCCAAACACUGUUGGGGAAAGAGAUUAAAAUACUCAAAGAGCUGAAGCAUGAAAACAUUGUUGCGUUACUGGACUUUCAGGAAACUGCCAGCUCCGUGUACCUGGUAAUGGAGUACUGUAACGGCGGGGACCUCGCUGACUACUUACACACCAAGGGCACGCUGAGUGAAGACACCAUCCGGGUUUUCCUGCAGCAGAUUGCCGGGGCCAUGAGGGUCCUACAGGGCAAAGGCAUAAUCCACAGGGACCUCAAGCCCCAGAACAUCCUGCUGUCCUACCCACCGGGACGCAAGUCACACUCCAACAACACCUGCAUCAAGAUCGCGGACUUUGGCUUUGCCAGGUACCUUCAGAGCAACAUGAUGGCGGCAACACUGUGCGGGUCCCCCAUGUACAUGGCGCCUGAGGUCAUUAUGUCCCAAAGCUAUGAUGCCAAGGCAGACUUGUGGAGUAUAGGAACCAUAGUGUUUCAGUGCCUGAUUGGAAAGGCCCCUUUUCAGGCUAGCAGUCCACAGGACCUGCGGCUGUUCUAUGAAAAAAACAAGACUCUCAGCCCCAACAUCCCCAGAGAGACUUCUAGCCAUUUGAGGCAUCUGCUGUUGGGUCUGCUGCAGCGCAACCACAAGGACCGCAUGGACUUUGAUGAGUUUUUUUGUCAUCCUUUCCUGGAGGCUAGCUCAUCCCUGAAAAAGGUGACUCCUGCUGUGUCCAUGACCUGCAUCCCGAGCUCUGCAUCGGCCAGCUCUUGUAGCAGCUCUUCCACUUCUCACCUCGCCUCUCCACCGCAGUCUCUUGCCGAAGUUCAGCACUUGCGUGCCAAGGCUCUGGCCUCCCCCACCCAGGAGGCCACCGGCUUUCUGCUCAAGGACUCCUCCGGUGGGGCUGGCAGCAGCAAGAACUCCUCCUCCUGUGACACAGAUGACUUUGUCAUGGUGCCGGCUCACUUCACCACGGGCGAGCUGACAUGUGAGAGUAAGGUGCUGCAGGACAGCCUGAUGAACAGCGGCUCUCUUCUGGCUUCUGCCGGUCUGUGUGGCCCAGUCAAAACCCCCCCACAAUCUCCUUCCUGCAGCGGGUCUCAAAGUCCUGUCAGGCCAGGUGAGUUCUCGGGAAGUAGCUGUGGUGGUAGCUAUGGAAACCAUGGUUUGUCAUUGCCCAUCCCAGUACCCACCCAGGUCCAGAACUACCAGCGCAUGGAGCAGUACAUGCACAGUACCAAACUGGAUGGCUCACCCCGGUCGUCCGCACCUGUGCGUCGCUGCAGCAGCGGAAGCUCGUUGGGCUUCGCUCGGGCCGGUCCUUCGCCACCCUACGGGCAGGGGGCUGUCCACCCCAAUCGCAGACUCUCCCUCGGAGGCGCCAGACCUUUCCAGCCCUCCCCACAAGCUCCUCACCCACAGGCGUCGGGACUCGGCACACGUCUCCACAGCGCCCCCUGCUUGUUGGAGUGCACCAGUGCUGCCGCCAAACAAAAGAUCAGGAAGCAGCACUCUGACCCGGUGGUGGCUCCCUCGGCAGGCCUCAAGACUCUCCGCCCGCUGCACUCGUCCCCCAGACUCAGUGAGCUCAUGCAGCGUAGCCCCCUCCCCACAAUCCUCGGUUCCCCUUCCAGGGCCAUCCCUCCAUUUGAAUUCCCCAAGCCUCCCAGCUCCCCAAACCUCGUGACCUUCCUGACACAACAGGGUUUGGUCAUCGGCUCGCCUUGCAGCAGGACUGCUCCACCAGAGCCCAGAGACGUGGGGCAGCAAGCGCUCACGCAGGUUAUCCAGCCGGCCCACUGCGUCCACAGACGGAGCGAUGACGCCUUCGGAAGGUCUCAGAGUGCAGGUCGUCUGUCUGACAUGCUGCUGAUGGCUGCCUUUGGACCAGGUGGACCCGUCGGGGACCGAGGAAGCGCAGAGAAUUUGACCUCUGAGAAAACCAUAGACAUACUGGUGCCGCCGGGCGGUGGGGGAGGUCUAGCACCUGGCUCCAUCAGCCCCACUCGGGUGGUUUUCACUGUGGGAUCUCCUCCCAGUGCCAGCAUCCCACCUCAUACCUCCAGACAGAGGAAAUACUCAGGCUCGUUCACUUCGGUCAGCCCCGCAGGUUCCUUCACAAGCCGCUAUCCCCACACAUGCACCUAUCUGGAUGGCUUUGAGGCUCCUUCCAGCCCCCGCUACGGUUUCACUGAUCCCAUCAUGGCUAACAUGGGCGGUCCUGUUACCUUUGAGGUGCCCGAGCUGCCCGAAGAGACGCUGAUGGAGCAGGAACAUACGGACACUGUGCAAAGCCUGCGCUUCACGUUGGAUUUCGCCCGCUGUCUGAUGGAGGUCGCCGGAGCCUGUGGGGUCGUGGUGUUGGGGGAGCAGGAAGACGUCUCUCAUCCGUGCCUCCUUCAGCAGCAGAGCGUGGUAGCAGAUCAGAUAAGCUCACUGAGCCGAGAGUGGAGUCAUGCAGAGCAGCUGGUCCUCUACCUUAAGACGGCAGAACUCUUGUCCACUGCCUUACACACAGCCAUGGAGCGAGUAAAACAGGGCAAACUCUACCCAUCCUCGACAGUCAAACUAAUAGUGAGGAGGCUGAACGAGCUGUACAAGUCCAGUGUGGCCUCCUGUCGCUCGCUCAGCACCCGUCUGGAGCGCUUCUUUUCCAGGAAGCACCGUUUAAUGGACCAAAUCACCUCCAUCACAGCUGAGCGGCUGCUGUUUAGCCACACUGUGCAGAUGGUUCAGACGGCUGCGCUGGACGAGAUGUUCCACCAGGGUGAAGCGUCCGUCCUGCGCUACCACAAAGCUCUCCUGCUGAUGGAGGGCCUGUCUCUGCUGCUCACUGAACAGGACGACAUCCUCAGCGUUAGCAAAUGUAAGGAGUGCAUUGAACGCCGCCUCACAGCUCUGCAGUCGGGACUCUGCGUUUGACAGUCCCACGCUGCUUCUUGAGCGUGGCCAAUAUGCCAGUCCUUUGCACCCUGCACAUUACCAACAAACCAAAUCUGCACACACACACACACAUCUCAUGGUUUUAACUUAGAAAUCAUUUUUUGUUCUAAAGAGAAAGCAGAAGGCUGGCCGUUUUUCACUUAUUCAUCAGGGCCUGUGCUCUUUAAAUUGUUCACCAUUCCACCAUCAAUUCAGUUCUGGGCGGCAACAAUGACUUUUCCCAGCACUAAAUCCAUGCCGGUGUUGGACAUGUAGCACCUAAGAAUAUCUGCUGAAAAGUGUAUAUUUGGCCAAGAAGAAGAUUCCUCUCAUCAGGCGCUACACCUGUAGGAUUGAUUAUUGCCAAGUAGUCACAUACCUUCAUACAAGAACACUAAACAUUAACAGAUAGCGUCAGAUGGACACACACCCAUUCUACAACUUUGCGGUAGGCAAAUAUAUUUACAAAAUGUGAUCUUUUACCAAGAUCAUAAGCUGGAGGGAUUUGCGUAUACUAUACAUAAAGAGAAGGGCGUGUACUGAUGACGGGCGGCAAUGUCCAAGUAUCAAUUUCAUCAAAUGUGUGUUUGUCUUAAACCCAUUGUUUGCUUUUCUGGGUUACUUUAUUUCUUGUAUGUAUCUAAUUGUUACUUGCUUGCUGAGAAGAACUUUAGAUAACAAUGCAACAGCUUGUUUGGAAGCGCAUAUUAGCACUAUUACUAAACUGUUGCCAAAUUGUGUUUUCUUCUAAAUAACUGUGUGUAACCGUGCCGGUUUGGAUUGGAGUCACUAUGCGGAUUCUAAAUUUAGGCUUAAUAUUAAGGACCACGUUCCAUCGUUGAAACCAUAGUGCAAGAUUUUAAAUGGCUUCUGGUGUUAAAGCAACAGAGAGCACACAAUCACUAGCCCACUGCUUAAUGCUAAAUAAAGCUUUUAAUUCAGCAGGCUGGUCUUUUAGCCGCCCCGGUUGGAAACAUGCUAAAUGUGCUGCAAUAACCUGGGGUGCAUUCUUCAGUCAUACAGAAGCUCGGGUGCUGGAGUUGCUGGUAAUGCCUUCACAUGAUUCCAUAUUCUGUCUGAUCAUAUGUUAAUUAAUCAAUCAUAUUAGACCUGAGCAAGUUCAAUCAAAUUUGAAUGUAGGGCUGACGGAAGAGAGACGACGUUAGUACCGCCCCAUUGUUACUAAAAUCGAGGGUUUGUCCCGUGAUUAACGUCUUAACGUUUUUGCACUGUUGAAGUACUGUAUGAGGAGAUCUCGUGUGGAACGUGUUAAACGGGUCCAGUUUUUCUAUUUACCUGUAGACAUAUGUGCCCAUUUAGGAAUUUCAAUUCCAUGCAUUUGUUGCAGUUCAUUUGGAUUAUAGUUGCUGUCAAAAGGCAAUGUGUGUUAGACGUGAGAAUGCUGACAAAGAAAUGGUAUAAGCUAUAGAGAGAUUUCUUUUGAGGGUAAAAGGAAAAUAAAAAUUGCUUUACACUGAAAAAUGAUUCGCGUUCACUGCCCUGUACGGUGUCAGAGUUAGUGGGUUGCAAUUAUUUGUUUUGAAAAGUGACCGCUCGAUUUGCAGUGAUAGUUAAAAAUGUGUAUUUUACCUAAUAUAUUUCUGUAUUGUUUAUCUUAACUGCAUACCUUCAACUCCCCUAAAUUUGGGCGGUUGGGAAGAGUAAACUUCUACUUUGGCCGCUGUCCAAGAGAAGGGUGUAAACAUGCAUCAAUGCAUGCAUGCAUGUGUGAAGUGAUGUGGUUCUAUGUAUUCUUGGAUAGUGGGGGUUGUUACGUACAGAACUAACGGCAUUGCUCUGCAACUAGAUGUGAAUGAUUGGAUUAAGACUCCAGUUGGUUGUGUGUAUGAAGUUUGAUAAAUUUCCACUAAAGAUUUGAUCCAAAGCUUUCUUUUCCCUAAGCUGUAUUUUCUUCUGCCUUUUUUAAAGUUAGAAGAAGCUAACAUGGUGACUUUGUAUGCUUCUAAGUGCAUCUUUUUGGAAGACGUUGUUUGAUGUACAGUGAGGGCUGAAGAUAGUUUAAGAGGAUAUUUUUGAAGCCACUAUAGUAGCACUGUCAGCAGAACAGAAUAGAUGAAAUAAUAUGAUAUAACCAUAUAUUAUAUUUUAUUUGCCUUUUGUCUUCUCUCCGAUAUUUCUUUUAGACAUUUUCUUCGGUAUAGCUCUACCAAAAACAUUGCGCAUGUGUACAAUAUCUGUUGGAGUGUGCAUUCCUAAUAUCAACUCAUCCGCUGCCUCUCUAUCUCUCCCACAUGCUUUUCUGUCCUGUCAGUAGUGGCGGUGUUUCAAAAAAUACAGAUAGAUAGAUAGAUGUUACCUCUUUAUAAAGCUGAUGCAUGUCUCACCUUUUAAUGUUCCAUUCAACCUUUGCUGUCUGCUAUUGGAAUGCUAAGUAUCUAUGGACGGAGUCAAAAGAUCAUUUGUGUAGCUUUUGCCAUGAUAUUAUAAAAGAACAGGGUGGUGUAUUAAGUGCAGAGUCAUGCCCUUUUCCAACAAUGUGUCUUUGGGCAAAAUACUUUUUCCCAACCAGAGUUAGGACUACUGUUCAAAGUAUCAUGCAAAGAUAAAAUGUAAUCUGUGAACUCCAAUAAUACAUUGGUCAUUUAUUUGGAUUAUUCUUUUGUAUGUUGGCUUAGAGCAUACCUGAAUGUUUUCAUUUUUUUUCUUCACUUUACUCAGUCUGGACCGAAAUAUAAAUAUUGUAAAUUAAGUUAUUGCUGUACAUUACGUGAUGCCGCAGUAAUGGAGAGAAUGGCACCACGCCACCUAUACAUUUCCAAAGAAUAGGCCUUCUUCUGAUCUUCCAUAUUGUCUCUUUCUGUUGCAAACGCAUUUUAAUGUUGUCAUAUCUAUGACAGACACUCUCUGUGUCCCUGUGUUCAAUGUAACCUUCACCAUUUGAGAGUUGCAACAUGAAUAAAGUGAAAGGAAGGUCA